GCUGGGAGCACGUGCGCGCGCGCUCUUUGCUGAGCUGCUUGUCGUUUGGCGCCGCUGGAGGCAUGGAGAAAGCGAAGGCGCUGCAAAAGGAGGAAGAGCAGCAGCAGGAGGAGAAGAAGGAUGCAGCAGCGGCAGCUUCGUUGCAGCCUCCGUCGGCUGGAGAGGGAGACUCCGGCUCCGAGUGGAGCAUCCCUCCCAACGCCCCCGCCUGCAUGGAGCGGCACCUGGAUGGGGCCCACUACCGGACAGAUGGUUCCCUGCUCCUGGGAGCAUCCAGUCUGAGCGGACGUUGCUGGGUGGGCUCCAUUUGGGUGUUCAAGGAUCCAUCUAAAGCUCCUAACGAAGGCUUUUGCUCUGCUGGAGUCCAAACGGAAGCAGGAAUCGCAGAUCUGAAAUGGGUUACAGAUAAAGGCAUCUUGGUGGCUUCAGAUUCAGGUGCUCUGGAACUCUGGGAGCUAGAUGAAAAUGAGACCUUGAUAGUGAACAAAUUUUGUAAGUACGAGCAUGACAACAUUGUGACGACAGUGAAUGUCCUCGCCAACAGCACGCAAGCCAUCACUGGCAGCAAAGAUUUCAGUGUGAAGAUCUGGGACAUCCCUCAAGAAACAGUGCUCAACACCUAUAGAGCUCACACUGGUCAAGUGACAUGUGUGGCCUCCUGCCCUGGGAAAGAUACAGUCUUCCUGUCCUGUGCUGAGGAUGGUAGGAUUUUACUAUGGGAUACAAGAUUGCCCAAACCAGCUACUCGAAUAGCCUACAGUGCCUCUAGCAACCUUCCUACCUCACUGAUGUGGCAUCCACAUCGAAGUGACACAUUUGUCUUGGGUGAUGAAAGUGGGAGAGUUGCUCUUGUGGACAUGAAGAAUGCAGACUCUGUCCUUAGCUCACCUGUGCACUCUCGAAGCAUCACAGGAUUUGCUUUUUCUGCCCAUAGUUCACUUCUUUUGGCUUCCAUCAGUGAAGACUGCACAGUAGUUGUUCUUGACUCUAGCUUUUCAGAAGUUUUUAGAAAUCGCUCCCAUCGAGACUUUGUGAAGGGCUUAUCAUGGUCACCACUGAACAAAAGCUCACUGACCACAGUUGGUUGGGACCAUCAGGUUCUACAUCACACUGUUCCAACGCAGAAUAACCAUCCUUCAGGAAAAAACAACAACAUAACUGCAUAAUUUGAUAUGUUCCCUUUUGGGUUCCUCCUGGAAUAGCAUUCUGUUUUUCUUGAUUCUUGGGGUUGAAUGUAGCUGUUGUUUUCAAGAACAGUGGUCCAGUAAUAGGUUCAUUUUAGAGGAGUACUAGCUUCACACCAUCCAUUUGUUGCAGCCAGUCAGAUUGUCUGGGCAACAGGUUUUAAAUUAGGUAAUACAAAACAAUAUGAAUUGGCAAAGAAUACACUUUGUUUUAUUUUUAGUUGUCUUACACUUUACAAAAAUGCCAGAGUUGUAGAGGAGAGUGGACCUUUGUCUAAAUAAAUGUGGACUAAAACAUUGCAGUAAUUACUGGGUUUAUCUGAUAGUUUUUAAUUGGAAUUACAUUUAUGACUUAAGAGCAGAUGAAUCCAGCUAAGAAGAUCUGUGCUAAAAUGGUAAAUGCCAGUCUGUUAGCAUGGUUUCAUAUAUAGUUUUAGAGCAGAAGCAAACAGUUGUGAGGAUCGGGGACCCUCAAGGCUUCCCAUGGAGACCUGGGAGGGACUCCUCCCCCCCAUAGAAUUUUAUGCCCCUACACCUCUUAAUGGUCAUGGUGAACAUUUUUGCCCACCCCUUGGCUAUUUGAGGCUUAGGAGAGACUUUUUUUUUUAACAACAGGAGGUCACCUGGAAGUGACUACCUGUUUUUAAAAUAAGCUUCUCCUGGGCCUAAAAUGGCUCCAGGGAGGGAUGGGUCAGAGGAGCUCUCCAUGUGCCUUAGGUUGCAUUCUGGUUGCAGACCACAUUUUUUCCUUUACUUCUGUUGAGGGCAUUUUUCAUCUAAACUACCCUACCUUAAGGAUGCAGUGAUUUGUGGUACAAAUAAUUAAUAUCUAGGACAGUGAUUCCCACACUUUUGUCCUCCAGGUGUUUUGGAUUUCAGCUCCUGAAGGCCUCAACGAGCUUGGCCAACAGUCAGGAAUUCUGGAAGCUUAAGUACAAAACAUGUGGAGGGUUUGGGAGCCACUGAUCAAGAAAAAGGAAGUGUCUUGACACAUUACUUUUUGGUCAAUAUACAAAGAAUGGUUAUGAUAUGAAGGGUUCAAUUUUGUAUAUUAUGGUCAGGGAAGCACCUAGUAGGCAGCAGAGAAUACUUGUCUGCUAUACUGCUGCUCUUAUUCCUUCAAUAUGUCCAUCAUGGAAUGCUAAUUGGUACUGGUGAUAUAUCAGAGAAUUGCUCAGCUAAUUCUGUGUGUUUCCUUGGUUUUGUGUUUGUUGAACAGUACAGCCCCCUCUCCUGCUGGCCAGCACUUCCCCAAUGUGUGAAGCUGUAAAAAGUUGCAAAAAAAAUUGUGAAGUUUGGAGACCUGUUUCAAAUGCAAACUCAUUUUGAGGGGAGGAACUAAUUCCUUAUAUCCCACUACAUCAAUGUAGCAUUUCGUUUCUUAACAUCCUAAUUCAGGUGAGGUCAUUUUGUGAAGCUGUAUUGUAGUGUUCACCCAUUUUACAAGUCUGGGUGUACAUUGUGCUUCUUUUUCCUGACUUAUGGGUGUAGCAUAUGAAUGACAGAUUAUACUUGUCAUUUCUAAGAAACUGAGAAGCUACAACUUGUAUUUUUUUUUUUUAGGUGGCCAUUCACUCUUAAUCCUUUCUUCUGUUACUCUGAAAGAGACUUGGGGAUGGGAGUGUUGAGAAUGAAGCUGUCUUAUUUAAACUAAAAACUUGGAAAUGGGGAGAAGAAUUUAUUCAUCUGUCAUAAAACCUUAAUUUGGUUGUUCCUUUUAGACUGUAGAAAUUAAGGUAAAAGUACACAAGGAUUGGGAUAGGUGGGUCAAACUGUUUGGUCAUUCUCAAACCCUACAGGGCUUCUUGUGAAAAACAAUCUUAAGAGUUUUGUGUGUACCCUCCUCACCCAGGUUAUAGUAGAGACAGCCGAUUAAGAAGCUAUUUUUCCUAAUGUGUGACCAUCAGUCCUUUUUGGCGGUAGGGAAUCCGAAACUUUGGUAUUUGUAGAUCGGUGUAAUUGCUGGGCAAAAUCCCAAGUAUUGAUAGUGUCCACAGCAGUUUUCUGGACUGAUAGGCUAGUUUGCUGUUACUCUCUUAUGAAGAGCUGCUUUUUCAUAUGUGUAAAAAUAACUGGAAGAACACAUCUUCACUUGUAUGUGUAUAUAUGUUUGUUUGAUUAUUGUAUUCACUCCCAAGUUUCAAGUUGGAACAGAAGAUAUAUUGUGGGCAUGCUGAUGGUGACAUGUCACAGUUCUGUAAGCUGAUAUUACCAAGAGAACUGUUGGAGGGAGCUUUUUUUUUUUUUAACUUCUGUGAUCUGGAAGCAAUGAAGACAAAUUUUGUCUUUGUUAGUUGGAAACAAGCACUACUUCAGGACCUUUGUGAUACAUGAAAUGAUUGGAGAUGACAGCAUACAAAUAGGAAGGAGGGUUUUUUUUUAAUAAAAUCUCUUAAUUUUGAAAUGGUU